GCCUUGAUGGCUACGAUGGAAGUCGUAGGUAUAUAACGAGGAUGCUCCCCCGUCCGAAAAUCUUCUCAACUUCAUUCUUCUCGAACCAACCGAACAGAGGUCUUCGCCAUUGCUAUCCACCCAUUCCGUUAAACCUUAGCUCCUUAUAUAUCGUUUACAACGCUUGAUAGCAAAUCAUUCGUCAUGGCUGCCACCAUUCCGAAAGAACAAUGGGCCCAGGUUAUUGAGCAGACCGGAGGACCUGUUCAUUACAAGAAGAUCCCCGUUGCUCAGCCGGGCCCUGACGAGGUCCUCGUCAACAUCAAGUACUCGGGCGUCUGCCACACCGAUCUCCACGCCAUGAAGGGCGACUGGCCGUUGCCUACCAAGAUUCCGCUGGUCGGCGGCCACGAGGGCGCGGGUAUCGUUGUGGCCCGCGGCGAGCUUGUGAAGGACGUUGAGAUCGGAGACCACGUCGGCAUUAAGUGGCUCAACGGCUCGUGUCUCAGCUGCUCCUUCUGCCAGCAGUCGGACGAGUCCCUCUGCCCGACCCCGCUACUGUCUGGCUAUACGGUGGACGGCAGCUUCCAGCAAUACGCCAUCGGCAAGGCCGCGCACGUGGCGAGGAUCCCCAAGGAGUGUAGCCUCGAGGCCGUCUCGCCCAUCCUGUGCGCCGGUCUGACCGUGUACAAGGCGUUGAAGGAGUCGGGGGCGCGGCCGGGGCAGCAGGUCGCCAUCGUCGGUGCCGGAGGUGGUCUCGGCAGCUUAGCUAUCCAGUACGCCAAGGCCAUGGGCCUGCACGCCAUCGCCAUCGACGGCGGUGAGGAGAAGGGCAAGAUGUGCAAGGAGCUCGGCGCCGGCACGUACAUCGACUUCAGCACCUCCAAGAACCUGGUGCAGGAGGUUAAGGCGGCGACGCCAGACGGCUUCGGCCCGCACGCGGUACUCCUGCUCGCUGUCAGCGAGGGCCCGUUCCAGCAGGCCAGCGAGUACGUGCGAAGUCGCGGGACGAUCGUGUGCGUGGGCCUGCCGGCGAACGCGUUCUUGAAGGCGCCCGUGUUCGACACGGUGGUACGGAUGAUCAACAUCAAGGGCAGCUACGUGGGCAACCGGCAAGACACGGCCGAGGCCAUCGACUUCUUCCGCCGCGGCCUCAUCAAGGCGCCGUACAAGGUGGUAGGGCUCAGCCAGCUGCAGGAGGUGUUCGACCUGAUGGAGGCCGGGAAGAUCGCGGGCCGCUACGUCGUCGACACGAGCAAAUGAGGAGAGCUGCCGCGGAUGGCGGCCAGAGCCUAGGCGGAAAAAAGACGAGACAG